AUGACCGGCCAUAACUUCACGAUUCCCGUCACGGUACCUCGUCUCCGUCACACGCAGGAAAAGGUCAAGCUGUUUCCAUCGAGCCAUUGGCUCCACACUGCAGAAAAGUUCAGUCUCAGUGACUUUGGAGACAAAGACGUAGAGCUGUCUUUUGUGGAUCGAAAAGCAGAAUUGGCCGGCACCCUCCAGGAAUGCCGUGAACUUCGUCGGGCCAUUAAGAAUGAACAAGGCCCGCAAGUUGUUGACCCAGUACCCGACAUUCUGAUUGAAUUUCCCCCUCGGCCAAUGUGUGAUGUACUAGUUGCUCAUUAUCUGCGAGUCUUUGAGCUGAUAUAUCGCGUGUUCCACAUCCCUUCCUUCUGGAAGGAGUAUGAACAGUACUGGACCCAGCCGCCUGCACUCAACAAAGGCUUCUCUGUUAAGCUGAGUCUUGUAAUGACGAUCGGGCUUACGUUCUGCGAGCAUGAGACCGCUGACUCCAAUAUUGAGCGUCUUCGUCAAUCAAGCCGUAGCUGGAUCCAGGCCGCGCAAUGGUGGCUGACAGGCCCCUCGGAAAAGUCCACAAAAAAUAUGGAUGGCAUCCAGAUCUCGUGUCUUCUACUGCUAGCGCGCCAGGUCACGUCCGCAGGACCUUCCCCAUGGCUUUCGGAGGGCUCCCUGCUCCACAUGGCCAUGGCCAUGGGCCUGCAUCGAGACCCCAAGCUCUUUCGCCUGUCCCCAUUUCAGGCCGAGUUCCGCACGCGACUUUGGACGACUGUCUUGGAGCUCGUACUUCAUGGGUCUAUGAACGCCUCGAUUCCACUUCUGCUCUCAUCUCUCGAUUUCGAUGACCGCAUUCCCCAGAACAUUGAAGAUGAGGCCUUUGGUCCUGAAAGCGAAAACUUGCCUUCGCCGAGACCGAUCACAGAAUUUACCCAGUCUUCAAUCCAAAUUUUCAUGCGUCAAUCGCUACAUCUCCGCAUGGAGGCCGCACGGUUGAUGCAGAACCUACACCGCGAACAGUCUCACGAUCAAGCAAUCGACCUCGCGACAAAGCUUCAAAGGGUCUGUCGAGACGUUGCCACACAUUGCCGAAUACACUGGAACCAAGCUGGAACCAUGCACCCUGACUUUCUAGAUAUGCAGCUUCGUCGCUACAUACUUGUUCUUCACCGCCCAUUCAUGUUGCGUGUACAGAAAGAGCCCCGGUUCUACAUAUCCCAAAAGAUCUGCCUGGAAUCCGCCAUGAUCAUCGCAUCACAUGCAGAAAGAAUCAAACUUCCCUCCACCACGCUGGACGAUCUAUCUCGUUUGAUGAUAAUGAGCACUGGCACGUUUCGUGGACCACUCACGCUGGAGAUCAUCACCAUUUUGAGCCUUCACGUGCUCAGUCAACUCGAAGAUAGUUCAGGUGGAAACGCCGCAACCAGCGCAAGUUCGGCUGGUGGCGUCUGUCUUGAUCCUUUAGCUGAAAUGGCACGCGCGCAGCGAGCACCGAUCAUGCGAGUCCUGGAACAUAUCAAAGAUCAGCUUCUGCAGAUAAUCAAGCUCGGGCAUCCUACCUUGAAACGUUAUGUCUUUCUUGCCGGUGUACUUUCACAGAUACGGGCUAUGGAGUCGGGCCAGAGAGUUCAGACGGCGGUGAUCAAAACUGCACAAGAAAGUCUCAAGGAGUGCUAUGAAAUUCUCCAGUCUUUUCGACCAACGGGUGUCUCGCAAGACAUCUUGGAUGGCUUCACGUUUGGUGAGGGCACUAUGGGAUUUGAUUUUGGUAUUCAGGACACCGACUACCUAGAUCUGUCAUCUUUUCUCCUAGCGCCAGUCUGA